GAGAAAAUCAAAGUUUGGUUUGUGAUGCAAAGGGACUUGUCUCGGCUUUCAUUAUGGAUGUUAUUCCUGUAUGAAGAAGUGCAGGGAUCCCAGUGGAUUCAACAAGCUGUUCAAUACGGAUAAACCUCAGGAAAGCCCGCGCUCUUUUUAUUCACUAUGAAGUCUCAGUGUCGUUUUGUUACGAUUCUAAGACACUGCACAGUUUUUGGGGAACGUUGAGGAAUCUGUGCGACUGACGCGCUGCAUUAGAGAGAAGGCCAUCUGAUCUGCAGGCUCCGUGUACAAGUGAUCUGAUGAUGGUGAAACUCCGCUAAAGUCAAAGCGCGUGUGUGUUGUGUGCGUGUGUGAUUAUACAUAGAUAUAGAUAUAGAUAUAUUUUUGCUGUUGGUUCCCUGAAGCGCCACCCAAACACUGGCGGGGUGUCGAGCACCGUGCAGCUCUGAAAAUAAUGAAAGAGAAGUCGAAAAAUGCGGCCCGAACUCGGAGGGAGAAGGAGAACAGUGAGUUUUAUGAGCUGGCUAAGCUUCUGCCGCUGCCCUCCGCCAUCACAUCUCAGCUCGAUAAAGCGUCCAUCAUCCGCCUGACCACCAGCUACCUGAAAAUGAGACUGGUGUUUCCUGAAGGUUUGGGGGAAUCCUGGGGCCACGUGAGCAGAGCCAGUUCUCUGGACAAUGUGGGCCGUGAGCUCGGAUCACAUUUACUACAGACUUUGGACGGGUUUAUUUUUGUAGUCGCCCCGGAUGGGAAGAUCAUGUACAUUUCUGAGACUGCUUCUGUGCAUUUAGGCCUGUCCCAGGUAGAGCUGACGGGGAACAGUAUUUAUGAGUACAUCCACCCUGCUGAUCAUGAUGAGAUGACCGCAGUGCUCACAGCGCACCAGCCUUACCAUUCUCACUUCGUCCAGGAGUAUGAGAUGGAGCGCUCUUUCUUUUUGAGAAUGAAAUGCGUCCUGGCCAAAAGAAACGCAGGCUUGACGUGCGGCGGCUAUAAGGUGAUUCAUUGCAGCGGCUACCUAAAAAUCCGGCAGUACAGUUUAGACAUGUCACUGUUUGAUGGCUGCUAUCAGAACGUCGGUCUGGUUGCCGUGGGUCACUCACUGCCUCCAAGUGCAGUGACGGAAAUCAAGCUCCACAGCAACAUGUUCAUGUUCAGAGCCAGCCUGGACAUGAAGCUCAUCUUCCUUGACUCCAGGGUGGCGGAGCUUACUGGCUAUGAGCCACAGGAUUUAAUAGAGAAGACUCUUUACCAUCACGUCCACAGCUGUGACACCUUUCACCUACGCUGUGCACACCACUUGUUGUUGGUGAAGGGUCAGGUCACUACAAAGUACUACAGGUUUUUGGCUAAGGAAGGCGGCUGGGUGUGGGUGCAGAGCUAUGCAACCAUUGUGCACAACAGCAGAUCCUCCAGACCUCACUGUAUUGUCAGUGUGAACUAUGUCCUCACGGAAACUGAGUAUAAAGGCCUACAGCUGUCUUUAGACCAAGCGGCAUCCAACAAACCAUCGUUCACCUACAGUAGCCCAUCCAACCCGGUCAGUGACAACAGGAAGGCGAGUAAAAGCAGGGUGUCUCGUACCAAACCCAAAACACGCCUCUCUCCAUACCCCCACUACCCGGGAUUCCACACUGAGCGCUCUGAAUCUGAUCAGGACAGCAGCCCAUGGGGUGGGAGUCCUCUGACUGAUUCUGCCUCCCCACAGCUAUUAGAUCAAAGUGAAAGCAUGGAUGCGUCUUGUGUGUACCGCCAAUUCCCAGAGCCCCGCCCUCUGUGCUACAGCCUUCCUCUGUCUGAGGAGCAUCACACAUCCAGUGAUCAUCAAGGUCACAGUCAUUCUCAAGCCUGUGAGCGUGGCCGCUGUGAAGCUGGCAGGUACUUCCUGGGUACUCCACAGACUGGGCGUGAGGCAUGGUGGGGUGCCGCCCGCUCUCUCCUGCCUCUACCCAAAUCCCCACCUGAGAAUGGAGAUGGGUAUGAGUGUGCGAUGCCCCACAUCACCUCCAUCCACAGCCUACAUGUGAGAGGCCACUGGGAUGAGGACAGCACGGUCAGCUCUCCUGAUGCUGGCUCAGCCAGUGACUCAGGCGACCGAUACCGAAUUGAGCACUUUCGCUCUAGCCCACAGGAGCCCAGUAAGAUUGAGACACUGAUCCGGGCCACACAGCAGAUGAUAAAAGAGGAGGAAAACAGGCUGCAGCUGAGGAAGAGUGGUACCGAACGAAAUCUAGGGCCUGCUAAUGGUCUGGGUAAAAGCACCAGCUCCUGCUUUAGUAAUGAGUUUGCCCAGACAGCGCUGCAGGGUGUUGUGUGUCGGGGUUCAGCUCAGGUGAUCAGCCCCGCCCCCAGCCCUACCCCUCUGUCUCGUCUCAGCAGCCCCAGCUCUGAACAGUUGGCCAAAGCCAAAGACUUCCUGCAAACUGAGCUUUCAUCGCCACAACAGCAGCAACAACAGCAACAGCUGGGCCUUGCAGGCUCCUGCGCUGUCUCUCCCACUCCUGCACUCUACCCCUCUCAUCCACGCCAGUAUCUGGACAAACACACUGCCUACUCACUCAGCAGCUACACACUGGAGCACCUCUAUGAGGCAGACAGCUUCAGGGGAUACGCGCUAGGAUGCGCAAGCUCCUCCCACUACGACAUGACCUCUCACCUGCGCAUGCAGACCGAGCAAACCACCAGCCAUAAAGGGACCUCCGUCAUCAUCUCCAAUGGCAGCUGACGCUCAGACCCUGACUCUGUCUCUGAAAAGAGACAAAACACCCAAUAAUUCUGUAGUUUCCUGUUCUGAGAUUGGUUAUGUUUAUAUUUGCAUUGCUUAGA